GAGGCCGAGGCCGAGGCCGAGGCCAUGUCUAACCCCGGGGGCCGGAGGAACGGGCCCGUCAAGCUGCGCCUGACAGUACUCUGUGCAAAAAACUUGGUGAAAAAGGAUUUUUUCAGACUUCCUGAUCCAUUUGCUAAAGUGGUGGUUGAUGGAUCUGGACAAUGCCAUUCUACAGAUACUGUGAAGAAUACACUUGAUCCAAAAUGGAAUCAGCAUUAUGACCUGUAUAUUGGAAAGUCUGAUUCUGUAACAAUCAGUGUGUGGAAUCACAAGAAGAUCCAUAAAAAACAAGGUGCUGGAUUUCUUGGUUGUGUUCGACUUCUUUCCAAUGCUAUCAACCGCCUUAAAGACACUGGUUAUCAGCGGUUGGAUCUAUGCAAACUUGGGCCAAAUGACAAUGAAACAGUUAGAGGACAGAUAGUAGUAAGCCUCCAAUCCAGAGAUCGAAUAGGCACAGGAGGACAAGUUGUGGACUGCAGUCGUUUGUUUGAUAAUGAUUUGCCAGAUGGCUGGGAGGAACGGAGAACUGCUUCUGGAAGGAUACAGUACUUAAAUCAUAUUACACGAACUACUCAGUGGGAACGGCCAACUCGACCAGCAUGUGAAUAUUCCAGCCCUGGCAGGCCUCUUAGCUGCUUUGUGGAUGAGAACACUCCAAUCACUGGAACAAACAGUGCAGCGUGUGGACAGUCAUCAGACCCUCGACUGGCGGAGAGGAAAGUCAGGUCACAAAGACACAGAAACUACAUGAGCAGGACACAUUUACACACUCCUCCUGACCUGCCUGAAGGCUAUGAGCAGAGAACAACACAGCAAGGUCAAGUCUAUUUUCUACAUACUCAGACUGGAGUGAGCACGUGGCAUGAUCCAAGAGUACCCAGAGAUCUUAGCAACAUCAAUUGUGAGGAGCUUGGUCCACUGCCUCCUGGAUGGGAAAUCAGAAAUACAGCAACAGGCAGAGUUUAUUUUGUUGACCAUAACAACAGAACAACACAAUUUACAGAUCCUCGGCUAUCAGCUAAUUUGCAUUUAGUUUUAAACCGUCAGAACCAGUUGAAAGGCCAGCAGCAGCAGCAGGUGGUACCCUUGUACCCUGAUGAGGCAGAAGGUCUGACAGUUCCAAGGUAUAAGCGAGACCUGGUACAGAAGCUAAAAAUUUUACGACAGGAACUUUCUCAGCAGCAGCCUCAAGCUGGCCACUGUCGCAUUGAAGUCUCCAGAGAGGAAAUUUUUGAGGAAUCAUACAGACAAGUCAUGAAAAUGAGACCAAAAGAUCUGUGGAAACGAUUAAUGAUAAAAUUUCGUGGCGAAGAAGGCCUUGAUUAUGGAGGGGUUGCAAGGGAAUGGUUAUAUCUCUUGUCUCAUGAAAUGCUGAAUCCAUAUUAUGGCCUCUUCCAGUACUCGAGAGAUGACAUCUAUACAUUGCAAAUCAAUCCAGAUUCUGCAGUUAAUCCGGAACAUUUAUCAUAUUUCCACUUUGUUGGGCGGAUAAUGGGGAUGGCUGUAUUUCAUGGACAUUACAUUGAUGGUGGUUUCACAUUGCCUUUUUAUAAACAAUUGCUUGGAAAGUCAAUUAAUUUGGAUGACAUGGAGUUGGUUGAUCCAGAUCUUCACAACAGCUUAGUCUGGAUACUUGAGAAUGACAUUACAGGUGUCUUGGAUCAUACCUUUUGUGUUGAACACAAUGCUUAUGGUGAAAUUAUACAACAUGAACUUAAACCAAAUGGCAAAAGCAUCUCAGUUACAGAAGACAAUAAAAAAGAAUACGUCAGGCUUUAUGUAAAUUGGAGAUUUUUACGAGGAAUUGAAGCUCAGUUUCUGGCUCUGCAGAAGGGAUUUAAUGAAGUAAUACCGCAGCCUCUGCUGAAGACAUUUGAUGAAAAAGAACUAGAGCUCAUCAUCUGUGGGCUAGGGAAGAUUGAUGUUAGUGACUGGAAAGUAAACACGCGGUUGAAACACUGUACCCCAGACAGCAAUAUUGUGAAAUGGUUCUGGAAAGCUGUGGAAUAUUUUGAUGAAGAAAGGAGAGCACGAUUACUUCAGUUUGUGACAGGAUCUUCCAGAGUGCCUUUGCAGGGAUUUAAAGCUUUACAAGGUGCUGCAGGCCCAAGACUAUUUACAAUACACCAGAUUGAUGCUAGCACUAACAACCUGCCAAAAGCUCAUACUUGUUUCAAUCGAAUAGACAUUCCACCCUAUGAAAGCUAUGAGAAGCUUUAUGAGAAGCUGUUAACAGCCAUUGAAGAAACAUGUGGAUUUGCUGUGGAAUGACAAACUUUGCCAACUUCUUGGAACUCCAUUUAUAUAUGCUUGAUUGAUAGCACCCCCAAUCCCCCCAACCAAGAUUCAAGAAAUGCUUGAAGUACAGGAACACUUUUUCCUUUUUCUACUUUAGGACAUCAUAAGGGGGAAGGGUGGUUUUGGAAUUUCCUUUCUGAGAAAAAAAAAAUGGCCUUUCCCAUGGGGCCACUCCGCUGCUAUUUAAAAUUAUUAUCUUGAACCUACAGAAUGCUGACUUUUCCUAUGUUUUCAAAGUAUGGCAGUAUUCUACCCUUAAAGACUACUAUUAUUUUUAUAAAAGGUAAUCUAUUUUGUUUACCUAUCAGAACUUGCCUUUCUAAAACAUCAAGACACAAUUUCAGCAGGCGGUACAAGUAACAUUUCAGCUUCACUGAACACAUACCAAACAGCUACUAUACAUGCUCUUUUUAAAAAGAAAAAUAAAGUUAUUUUUGGAUUACUCUAAUUUUGGAUAAAUUUGGCUAAAAGAAUCAUUAACCUUUUAAGCAAGCCACUUACAUAUUUAAUUGCAUUUUCUUAUAGUAAAGCAUUAUAUUCUGCAUUAUAUAUUGAAUAUAAUUGUUCACUAGGUGGGUCUUUUUAAAUAUUUUUUCAAGCAUGAAUUUCCUGGAAAACAAUUAUACUAUUUUGGUUUUUAUUUAUAUCACUUGUCAGAUUUUUAAUGCAACUACUGUUUUAGUAAGUUUAUCAUUGGACACAAUACUUUGUGUUCAUGGUGUUCCUGUUUUUUAAAAAACUUUUUAAAAAGACUUUUAUAAUGAUUCACCGUUAUCAAGUAUUUUGGAUUUGCAUUUCAUCUUAAAUGAAAAUGCUGCAUUUUUUAACUCCUAAAAGCAUGUUGGUGGGAUAUGUUCAGUCUUAUUUUUAGAUAUACUGUUUUUAAGAACCAAAGUUCCUUAUGUCAAAGUACAUCUAGUUGUUACAUAUUAGUUGAUGUAUCAAGAAUUCUAUCAGGUAAACCAUAUUUAACCUUUGUUUAGCUGCUCAUGAUAUGGAGGUCUACCCAAUUAUGACAAAGGGAAAAUUAGUUCUAAAGGUAACUUUUAGUUCUACUUUUAUAUAACAUAGUAGGUAAGGUGUGUAUAUUGAAAGUGAGGUCAAGAAAGCUUAGGUUCCCCAAAAUGAAAAAGGUGAGUAAAUUUAUACAUAAAUGUAGAAACAUACAUGAAUUUAAAUAGGGGGAAAUGUACUAUAAAUUAAGAAGUUAAUUUUAAAAGCAAAUUGGUAAUUCUAUUGGCCAGUACUGGGUACUGAAAAAUUGGUAUAUAUUGUGAAGCAUAUAGACUUGGAUCUGUGCGGUGUUUGGCAUGCUUCUUGAGAACCCUGGUCAGCAGGAAGUAGUGGAAAUAUUGGUGUAAAGAAUUAGAAAAAUAUGAAGUCAUGGUUGGGUUUCUUCCUUUAGUCAUCAGAAAUAUCCACUCAUGCAUAUGAGAAAUUGUCAACAAUAACAAUUUUUGAUGAAUCAAAAUUAUGGUUUUUAAUUUUUUUUUUUUUGCAAAUGAACAGGCUAACUGUAUUGUAAUAUAGUGUCAAAAUUUUAUUCUGCCAAAUUUGACUGCUACUGCAAGCAGUCUAGUUAUAGUUACUCAUUUCUCAAAGAUAAGAUCACUGCAUGGCCUAAUAGUUAAUAUUUUGUGAAGCAGUAUUAAUGAGAUUUUAUUUUUCCACUGUUAAUGGACAUACUACAUUUGAACUUCUUGAGAUGUGCACAAACUGCAUUUCUUUGCUCUUGAUCAACUAAUAGUUUUAAGUUUCACAGUAUGCAUUUCAUUAGUGUAGGUCCAUUGAUCUUCUAUAUUAGGCACUAGGGUAGUUUUCGUUUGUACACAGUCUUCAGAAAAUUUUCCAAAACUAAGGAAUGGUUGUGGAAACCAGAACUGUCAGGGAUGCAGUACAGUAACAAUGAAACAUUUCUAGGAAUUACUUUAAUUUAUAAUAUGGAGCAGGAAUAUACCAACACUUUUGAGUGCCUUUUUGCCUUUAAUAAUAAGGACUUCUUGAAUAGAGCUUUAAGACAAAUCACCCUACAGUACUAGUCAAAGGAAUAUAUACAUACUUCUUUGUAAUUCACAGGAAUAUAUUGACCCAUCAGAUUUCAGUUUCAAAAUCAUGUCAGCUGGUUACUUUCAAAUAGGUGCUAAAAACAAAAAAAGAAAAAAAACUUCAUGUUUUAUUGAACUUUGGACCCCAUGAGUAAUGUGAAUAUUUAUAUCCAUGUGUCACUCUUAGCAAGUUUUCCUUUUAUCCAUUCUUUAUUUGCAUUAAGCUUCAGAAAUGUCAUUAUGUUUUCAUGCUUUUCAUUAUGAAGCAAUGAUUAUUUUGUAGCUCUCCUAUAGUAGAGACAAGUUUCAGAGGAUUUUAUUUCUUGAUGUAAAGAAUUUUGUAACAGUGCUGUGUACAGUGUAAAUUCAAAAACAAAAUUUUUUUGCACAUAGUUUCAGUUGCCCUAGAUUGAUUUAUUUUUACCAAAUGUUUUUGUUGUUGUUUACUACAGUCCAGAGCACACAAGGCUUCUGUUGAAAUCCCUUUUUUAUUUGUAAAUCAUUUUUGUUUUACAACACUAAAUCCAUUUUGAACAUCUGUUGUGUAUAAACUGACAUUAAAUGAAGAGAUUUUUGUUUCUUCAUCAAAAUGUGUGCCUCUUCCAUCAAUCAUGCUUACUUUAGCAGCUAUCUCUACUUUAAACUUUAAACUGCAUCAUAAAGCAAUCAGAUACCAUUUUUAAUAUUUUAAAUACUAUAUUAGGAUGAUGACUCUACCAAAUGCUAAGAGUUUUGUUUUGUCUCUAGGUGUAAUUAGUUUAACUGGUGUAAUAUUAUCCUCUCCUCUAAACUGACUUUUUAAAGGUUUAUCAUUUCCAUUGUAUUUAUUAAAGAGUGUUUUAGCAUUGAUAUUCUUUGUAUUUUCACCCAGCUGUUACAUGAGCUUAUCAAUAACAUCUGUAUAAAUGGUUUAAUUUUUUUUUUAAACUCUGUAUGUGCCCAUGCGGAACUUGAGUAAUAAAUUGUAUGCUGUUUGCACCAUCACAGCAUCAGUGGUUUAAGAGAA